ACUGAAGACUGAAGACUGAAGGUUCUUAGAGGUUAAUUCAACUGAUUGCGGUGUAAAGCAUUCGAAGGUCGAAGUGAUGCCUUUCCUCCUAACGAAGUAGAUAUUUCUUUGUUGGCGGAUUCUUUCAGACGUCGGAUAGAAAAGUACAUAAUGUCUUGUAGGAAAUUUGUUCUCGGUGAACAAUAGAGCUUAUAGAUAGUGCAGAUUUUUGCUACAGUACUGUCCGGUGUUAAUAUUUACUCUGUCUAUAGCAAGUAAUAUGGCUGAUCAUUUCGAUCUCUUGUAAAAGUAUUCACAGACCUUAUGACAAACAAAACCUGCAUCAUAUUUUGCGUAGGCAGGAUAUCUAUGUGAAAUAUGAUCUGAUACUUAGGAUAUUCACAGGUUACUAAUAUUCGACCUUACAUUUCUUCAUGUAUAGUGACUUUUCGUAUUAAUUGGUGUUGAAGUUAAACCUAAUAUCCUAGGUAAGUAUAGAAAUUCGGUGAGUUAAGCUAACGUGGCUGGGACGCGUUACAUUUCCUCAGCCACUGUCUACCUCAAUCGGCAAUGCUAGAUACCAUGUGAUUGUAAUGAGAUGUUAAAGGAUCUCAAACCAAGGUGUGGCAUUUGUCAAUAUCCAGACCUUAUGUUGAAAACGACUGACUGACUUCAUGAUUUUCAUUACUGAUGGAUUAGUUGACUGCUCAUUCACGCAGUCAUCAAUGGUCGUUACCAUUAUAGGUUCUAUGACUUAGAUAUUAUGGUAAGUUUAGUGUCGCCUGCUUUCAGUAUAUCGCUCUCCUCACGAUGGCGUACCUUAUCCAAGAGUUGGACGUGUUGAAUUGGCACACGGUAUCCAAAUAUAUUUUUCGCAUAUGUUAAAUUUCCUAAAAAUCCUUGCUAAACAUGUAAACACAACGAUUACGAUUGUUUAAGUGACAAUCGUUAAGUGAAAUAACUUUCUUUAAACAAAGUUACAUAAUCGCUUAUGUGUAUUGCUUUUUACUGUUACUUGAAAUUGUAACUAGUGUAUUGUAGCAUUUGUGUGUAAACACUUGAAAUCAGUAUUCUUUUCACCAUAAUCUCAUUAAAAACAUUGGUCUUAAUUAGCUAAAUCUUAUCUUACAUCUACAGGUUUCGUUUGUCUUUUGACAGUAUCAUAAUGAAUCGUGGUUUAACUGAUGCCACUAUAAAGAAUCAUUUACAAGCAAAAGAUUUAGUUGUAUGUAAUGAAAUUUCUACAUCGUUAGAUGAAUUUAAAAAAUUCCUCACUCAACAAAAAAAAUAUCGUGAAGAGUUGGCUGGCUUGUCUUAUUGUGAAUUAAUCACCUUACGUGAUGAUCUCAAAACUGUUAGUCAACAAGUGUCUUCUUCAAUAUCCAGCCUCCGACAUACGUCUACAGCGAUUUCACGCUUAAAAACAGAUGUAUUAAAGGAAGAGAAAAAUGCUGGCAUAGCCCAUAAAACAUCUGAACAUGGACUGAGUAUUAAAAAUGAUAAUAAUGAACUGACAAGUUAUUUUAUGAAAAAGAUCUCUGAAUUUGAUACAAGAAUCCGAUUGUAUAAACAUGAGUUAGAGGUAUUUGAAGAGAAUGUUUAUUCUCAGCCAUUGACUCCUAUGACUCCACGAGACCUUCUUAAUAUUCUGCAUCUAAUCGAUCAUGAUUUUAUCAAUCUUGCUGCUCAGUUGUACACUACACAUGAAAACAUAAAGGCAAUAAAAUCAAACUACUUAAAAAAGUAUCGUAUGUGUUAUGGUUCAGCUCGCAAUCCAUUCGGCGAUAAUGAUGACUUUCAUUUCAAGAGUCAAAUAGAAGUUGAUAAUUUAUUUGGAACAGGAUUAAGUAAGGGAAAAAUCGGUUCAUCAUUCUCCACUCCAUAUGGUCCUUCUCCAUUCCCAACAUCAGAAACACCUACUACAUCCAAUUCAAUCGGUAGUGUUGAGAAAACUUCAAUUAUUCCAUCGGCACCUUCUACUACAACCUCAAGCAGUGUAUUGUCGAAUCAGCAGUUUGGUAUAGCUUCAUCUUUCCAGCCUGCAUCCUCCGUACUUUCACAAAUAGGUUCAUUGACUGGUGGAGCUCCUGCUUUGAAUUCAACUGUUACAACAGGUUUAGUCAAACCAGCAUUCGGAUUUCAAUCACCACUAACUACUUCAACAACAAGUUCUGUUGGUAAAAUUGGACUAUAACUUCUAGUGUGAAAGAAUUGGUUCCUUUUCUAGGAUUUUGAAUCAAAAGUACAUGCCAGAAAUUUUUAUCUAUUUUAACGUGUUUAGUAAUGUAUAUUCCGACAGACUUGUGUAAUAAGUGUAUAUACAUUUUUCGUAUCACUAAUGUUCAUUUAUCUAAAUGA